CUCUGCUCUCGCCUACUUCAAACAUCCAUCUCUUCUUUGCACUGCACUCGUCAUCUCAACUUGCUCUUCCAUCAGCUGUAUACAAGAACUCCCUCGCCCCUCGCCCCCACAACUUCAUCUCACGUUACCACCACCACUCUCCCCUACGCCCACCCGCCGCGCCCCAUGGCCACACAACAACAACAACCCGCCCCCGCCCAGCAGGCGACCACUCCACCACCCACCCAAAUGCGCUUCUUCACGCCGCCCAGCCCCGCCCCCUCCGAUGCUUCGCAGGGGUCACAAGGCCCAUCCUCCCCCAUCCCCGCCUUCGUUCGCAUGGCCGACGAAGAAGCACUCGACGGCGUGACAGACGACGACAUCGUCAAGUGGUGCUGCUAUCGCGACGACGAGUUCAUGGAUGUGGAUGAUGACGACGACGACUGAGCGCCCACACACACACCGCCUCACACCCUCCCGCGCGAGCAGGCUCAACGCCGCCGCACCCCGCCCACGCUACGCCCAGGGCCUGAGUUCGCACCAGCGAUCGUUGCCGCUUCAACACGGCCAAGCCCCCCGGCGAGAACUGGCGCCCCGACACUGUAGGGUUCGGGAUACAGACUAGACAGACUAGAGUUGUACGACCACAAUGUGCAUGUAUGAUAAGGGGUAGUUGUUC